CUGGGUCUGCCCCACGCCCCCUCGUGCCAGGCUCUGCGUGGGCCUGCGCUGCUUGCCGCAUACCUCUCGUUCCUCAGCCCCCGCUAGGCCAGCAGGGUGGGAGGAGGCACCUGAGGGAGCAUGAGGACCUGGCGCAUUGGUGGGGAACAGGGCGGACACCCCCAGGAGUGAACUAGAGCUGUCCCAACCUUGGCCUUGACUCGGGGGUUUUGAUCCAUCAUGAUUAAUUGAGUUGGUAACAGCUUCUGGUAACUCUGGAGUGCUAGGAGAGAUUAGCCACAGGCUCAUGUCCCAGACCUGUGAUCUGCUCCUGGGGCCCCUUGGCAGCAGGAUCAAACUUGAUGCCGAGAGUCAAAGGUCAGCUCAAAGGGGGAAAUUCAAGUUCAGGAAGUUUGGAGGAAAGUUACUGCUGGCCUCACCUCAGUCCUGCGGCCCUCAGAUCUGAGACGGUCCCCAAGCAUGGAGCAGUUGGAGUGUGUGGGGAGCUGUGAUCUCUGGUCCCCGUUCUUAUUGUGACCUGCAAAGCCAGUACCGGGGCUCCAGAUGGCUAGCAGAAAAAAAGUGGAGCUAAAUAAACGAGCCUGGCCACUUUGGUAACCUAUGGAGUCUAAUUUGAAUCCAGGUUGCCGGACCCCAGAGCGCUGGUCUCUCCCACUGCCUUCACGUCAUCUUGGAGACCCGGGGGUCCUAGAGGUGUGGUUCUUCCCAUGCAGAGGGAGUGGCCCUGCCCCCAGUCCUCCAUGGAAGGCAUGUCUGUCUGGGUUCACUCCACCUCUUGUCACGCUCCUGUCUCUCAGUCCCCUUUUCUCUUCUUGCCCCUCUAUUCCAUUCUCUGGCCCCAGAUGAAAGCUGAGUCAGAGACAGCCGCUUCCCCCUUGGCUCCUGAGUCCUCCCAGGCCCCUCCUUGGCCGGAUCCGUUAGUCUUCUAAGUCCUCUCCCCCCCACCCUCGAGGGGCGGGGAGUCCAGGCCAGCCUAGAGGCUGGGGGAGGGGGUGGACUUUUGGCCUGUUUAUUCCCUCCAUCGUCAACAGCUGCUGCCACACAGGCUUGGCUCAUUCCUCUGACCUGUCAGGAAGCAGAGAGACCCAGAAAGGAGGGAGUCAGAAACCUGGAGACGGAAGGACCUGAGCCCGAGAAGAAGCGGGCAGAGGCCACGGCUGGAUUCCCCUCCUUCCCCUCUGCCUGCCUUAACGCUCCUCCUUAGCCAAGCCCCUUCCACUUCCCGGGGGGCUCCACCCCUGCCCCUCUCUGGGGCCCAAGCCCCUCAGGGGCCUGCGUCCCAGGAUGUCGAUAGCUGUGGAGAGCCUUGGCUUCUUCAUGGCAGCCCUGGGGCUGCUGAUGCUGGGGGUGACCCUGCCAAACAGCUACUGGCGAGUGUCCACCGUGCACGGGAACGUUAUCACCACCAACACCAUCUUCGAGAACCUCUGGUACAGCUGUGCCACUGAUUCCCUGGGAGUCUCCAACUGCUGGGAGUUCCCGUCCAUGCUGGCCCUCUCUGGGUAUGUCCAGGGCUGCCGUGCGCUCAUGAUCACCGCCAUCCUCCUGGGCUUCCUUGGCCUCUUUCUAGGCAUCCUGGGGCUGCGCUGCACCAAAAUCGGGAGCAUGGAGCUCUCCAGGAAAGCCAAGGUGGCAGCCAUCGCGGGAGCCCUUGACAUGCUGGCUGGGGCCUGCGGGAUGGUGGCCAUCUCCUGGUAUGCCGUCAACAUCACCCAGGACUUCUUCAACCCCCUCUACGUUGGAACCAAGUAUGAGCUGGGCCCCGCCCUCUACCUGGGCUGGAGCGCCUCCCUGCUCUGCAUCCUUGGUGGCAUCUGCCUCUGUUCCAGCUGCUGCUGUGCCUCCCAGGAGGACCCCACCGCAAGGGCCCAGCUUCCCUACAAGACUUCCACAGUUGUGAUGCCCACCGCCACCUCAGAUGAAGGUGACAGCAGCUUUGGCAAAUACGGCAAAAAUGCUUAUGUGUAGAUGAGUUUGGGCCAGCGGAACCCAUCUCCCUUCCCACUGCCCCUUAAGGACCCUGGGGCCCAUCUUCCCUUUAAAAACCUGCAGCAGGCCACACUCCAGGCCACGCCCCUUGCCUGGAGACCACGCCCCAUCCUGGACUCUUCUAAGGCCUCUCCCGAGGCUGGGCGUGAGGGGACGGAGGUGCCCCUCGCCCUGCCCUGUUUGUGCGUUCUAUAUAAAUACAUGCAUAAAUAAAUGUGUUUUGUGACUGUU